AUGCCUACUUUUUUCUUCCUAAUUUUUUUAUUUCUCAUUCAGCCCACUUUUCAAAUAUCAGACAGUGACACUUUUUUGCUAUACAAUGAAAAUCUUGAUCUUUGCCUAAAAUUACAAGAAUCUCGUUCCUUCACCUUGGACAACUGCAACAAACACAGCGACUGGCAAAAUUUUAAGUGGGUAUCUGAUUAUCAGUUAUUGAAUAUGGCAGUGAAGUUAUGCCUGAGUGUGCCUUCAAAAACAAACAUGGUUCCAGUUACACUGUCCCCGUGCAAUGAAACCAUUGAAUUACAGAAAUGGGAAUGUAAAAAUGACACGCUGCUUGCCACUGAAAGCAAAGAUCUGUUUUUAAGUCCUGCAAAUGGACCUAACAAAGGGGUUAUACUAUCAGAAAACCCCACCACAAAAAGUACUUGGAAGAUCUACAGAACAAAAAAGAGCUUGUGUGCCCAGAAAUAUGAAGCUCUAUUCACUAUAGAAGGCAAUUCCUUUGGAGCACCUUGCGUAUUUCCUUUCAAGUAUAUGAAAAAAUGGUAUGCUGAAUGCAUAGUUAAUGAUGAUGAACACCAACGACUUUGGUGUGGAACAACUCCGGAUGUGGAUAAAGACUCUUUAACUGGAUAUUGCCCAGUAAAAGAUGAAAAUGAUGACUUUUUCUGGGUCAAAAAUCACUGGACAGGAGAUCUCUACCAGAUCAAUUCCUUCUCAGCUCUAACCUGGGAUGAAGCAAGAAAAAGCUGUCAGCAACAACAUUCAGAAUUAUUGAGCAUCAACGAACUGUAUGAACAAGCAUAUUUGGCAGGAUUAACACAAAAUUCAGAAGCUAGCUACUGGAUUGGUCUUAAUAACCCAGAUUUUGACAGUGGAUGGCAGUGGGCUAAUGACCAGCCUUUAAGAUAUUUAAAUUGGGCUCCAGGUAGCCCUUCUUUAGAAACAGGAAAAAAUUGUGGAUUGAUGCAGGGUAGGAAUGGCAAAUGGGCAGAUAGUCUGUGUGAAAAAAAAUGUGGAUACAUCUGUAAAAGAAUGAACUCUUCAAAACAGGCAUCUGCAUCUUCUUCAGAUGAUCUGAAGCCAGUUAAAUGUCCAGAUGGCUGGGUUGGAUAUGCAAAGCACUGUUACCAUCUGAACAGAGAUCGCAAAACGUGGAAGGAUGCAUCAGUCUCCUGCCAAAAGGAUGAUGGACAUUUACUAAGUAUACAUGACAUUGAGGAAUACAGCUUUGUUUUUUCCCAACUUGGCUACAAACCAACAGAUAAUUUGUGGAUAGGUCUAAAUGACCAGAAGACGACUUCAUAUUUUGAAUGGAGUGAUGGUACUACAGUGAGAUUCAUCAAAUGGCAGAAAGGAGAACCCACCCUUAUAAGCGACGUGCAGGAAGACUGUGUCAUCAUGAGUGGGGAGAAUGGGUACUGGGCAGAUCAUUUCUGUGAAGAGGAAUUAGGGUACAUCUGUAAAAUAGAAGCUUCAGAAUUUCUUCCUGGAACAGAUGAAACUCCUGAUACAAAAUGCCAAAAAGAUUGGAAACGAUAUGGUUUCUAUUGUUACUUAAUUGGAAAGACACCUGGAACAUUUUCAGAAGCAAAGACAUCUUGUGAAACAAACCAAGGAUUUCUGAGCUCUGUGGAGAAUAGAUUUGAGCAGGCCUUCCUGACUAGCCAAAUUGGAUACCGUCCUGAAAAAUAUUUCUGGAUCGGCCUUUCGGAUGUAGGGAAUCCAGGGACUUUCAACUGGACCAAUGGAGACCCCAUUCAGUUCAGUCACUGGAAUGCAAAAAUGCCUGGCCCAAAUCCCGGCUGCGUUGCCAUGAGAACAGGAGAUGCUGCUGGACUGUGGGAUGUUGUGAACUGCGAGGAGAGGGCCCCCUUCCUUUGCAAGCAAUUGGCCGAAGGGGUGACACUUCCUCCAAUCCCUAGAGCAACCUCCCCUCCCCCAUGUCCUGAAGGAUGGACUGCAAGUCCAACAAGGAAUGUCUGUUUCAAGGCAUAUCCAGAGAAGAAAACUGAAAAGAAAAAUUGGUAUGACGCAUAUGACCAUUGUAAAUUGAUUGGAGGACACUUGGCUUCUUUUCAUAAUAAACAAGAGUUUCAUUUAUUAAACAAAAUAUUACAAUCACAAAGCAGCUGGCUUGGUUUAAGAAUUGUGGAUUCCAGCCCAGGAUACACUUGGAUUGAUGGAUCUCCUGUAAACUAUGAACCAAUAUUUCCUUGGCAUUCAGAAAGUGAAAGUGAAAGAUGCACAAUAAUAUGGGGAAGUACUAGAUAUUGGUCAGCAAGGAAAUGCUGGCAGUUAAAUUAUUGGAUCUGUCAAAUUACAAAAGGUACAACCUUAAAUACAGAACCAGUUGACGACUUUGCACGUAGUUAUAAAAAGGUUGAAGAUGGUUGGAUUGAAUUUGAAAACAAUGAGUAUUAUUUCAGUAAUACAACAAUGCCAGCAGAAAAAGCCCAGACAUUCUGCAAACAACAUGGUGGUGAUCUUACUACCAUUGAAAGUUCAAAGGAAAACCAGUUUUUGUGGAAAUAUAUCUUUCAUUAUGGAAUUACAUAUUAUAAUUCUUACAUUGGUUUAAUCUUGGGUCUUGACAAAAAGUUCAGAGGUAAAAUGAAUACCUUAAAUGGUGACUGCGUUUUUAUGAUGAGAAAACCUGAAAGGCUUGCAGGAUAUUGGAGAGUUGGAUCCUGUUCUUCCCAGAGGAGCUACAUCUGCCAAAAAAACACUGGUCCAUCGCCUUACUUUGAACCAACAAUUCCAGCAUCUCACUUUAUCAGUUAUGGAAAUAGCAGCUACUCUAUGGUUAGUCCCAAGAUGACCUGGGAAGAAGCAAGGAAGAAAUGUGAAUCUGAAAAUUCAAAACUUGCCAGCAUUGUAGACCCCUAUGCAGAAUCAUUCGUAUGGCUGCAGGUGCUCAAAUAUAAGGAGCCUGUAUGGAUUGGACUAAGGAGCAAAGAGAGUAAUGGUGUGUACAAGUGGGUAAGUAACUGGAGGCUGGCGUACACUAACUGGGCUGCUGAAGAACCAAUGCAUAAAACAGCCUGUGUCUACCUAGACAUUAAUGGUUAUUGGAAAACAGGAAAUUGCAGUGACAAAUACUUCUCUGUUUGCGAAAGAUACAAUGGAAUAGUGCCAACUGAAAAGCCACAAUCAGCAGGAAAAUGCCAAACCUCCCAAAACAGACAUGAACCUUGGAUUCCUUUUGGAGAUCAUUGCUAUAAAUUUUACCUUUCAAGAGAACCUUGGUCAUCAGCAAACCUGAAGUGUACUCAGACAGGUGGUAUCUUGACUUCAAUCAAAAACUCAGCUGAAUUACAGUUUUUACAGGAAGAAAUGGAAAUAUUUGGAUCUAGGGAUUUUUGGAUAGGCAUGUAUAGUAAUCAGGAAGGCGAAUGGCUAUGGCAAGAUAAAAGUGAAGUCGCUUUUGUCAACUGGAAUAACCAAGACGAUGGACAAUAUGAUAAAAAAGAGGCCUUUGGGAGCAGAUGCGUUUACAUGAAUACUAAAACUGGAUUUUGGUUCCCUGAGAACUGCCAUUAUUAUCCAUCAAAAUCAUUUAUUUGUAAAAUAAACAAAAUUAUUGACGAAUCAGCUGUAAAGCCUACAGAAAUACCAGUGCAGAAAGGAGUGGCACCUCGAACAGCACAUGGCACAGCUGUGGUGGUAGUUGUGCCAAUUAUCUUCAUAGCCAUCGGUGCAGGAAUCGCAGCCUAUAUUUUCUACAGAAGAAGAAGCCGACCACAAAAAGUCUCUGCUGGAUUUGACAAUUCUUUGUAUAGUGACAAUGUGGUUAUUCUACAUAAGGAUUCACAAUCUCCUGUAGACAAACAAGAAUUAAAUGAACAAAUAUAACUGGUCCAUUGGAUACAAUAUAUAUAAAAUUCAA